AUGGCGCGUGGUCCAGAAGUGAAGCGGAGACGAUUGAGUCCUCCAGCCGAUGUUGAGGACUCCUCAUCGCGCUCCAAAGCCGACCAAGAGUGGGAUGUUGAGCAAGACUACGAACGUCGCCCGCGCAAGAACACCAAGAAAGCUGGCGAGAACGCACGAUUGCCAAUCAAAACAUCUGAAGGCUUUGUCCAGGCCGAAGCCGAGCCUGCAGACCAGGGCGAGGAAACCGACAGCUUUCUGGGUACCGAUGAUGACGAGGAGGAUGGCUCUGAGGGCGAGGACGGAGAAGAAUCUGAGGAAGAAGCACCCAAGAUUCCGGUGAAGCUACAAAUCUUGCAGGCAAAGGAAGAGCUAGCUAAGAUGGCAACCUUGAUCAACGAAGAUCCCGAGGAGCACAUCUCUUUGUUCAAAACAAUGGCCGAGAUGGUGUCGAAAAAAUACACACCUGUCACAGUUAAGAAGCUGGCUCUAGCCUCACAGGCGGCUCUCUACAAGGAUGUUAUUCCCGGAUACCGUAUUCGUCCAUUGAGCGAAGAGGACCAGACUGGCAGGGUAUCAAAGGAAGUGCGCAAGCUCCGAGACUUCGAACAGUCCCUUGUGGCAGGAUAUCGAGCUUAUGUCCAGAAGCUUGCUAUGCUGGUCAAGCCAUCCAAACAAGAUGGCCCCACAGAUGCUGGACUGAGGAGCUUCGCGAUUUCGAUGGCUUGUACUAUGCUCUUAGCCGUGCCACACUUCAAUUUCCGCAGCGAGCUCCUGAAGAUCUUGGUGAACCGCCUUGCACGGAGAAAACUUGAUGCCGACUAUGUUAAGUGCCGUGAAACCAUGGAGGAAGUAUUUGCCAAAGAUGACGAUGGAACCGUUUCCCUCGAAGCUGUUCGUCUGCUAGCAAAGAUGUUGAAGGCCAGGGACUUCCACAUUCACCCCAGUGUUUUGGACACAUUCCUCCAUCUUCGUUUGCUCGGCGAGUUCCACUUGAAGGCGUCUCGAGACCGAGUGGACCGGGAAGAAGAAGAAGUCCCCCAUGGAAAGAAGCCAAAGCAAAAGCGUGAAUUCCGCACGAAGCGAGAGCGCAAGGUUCAAAAGGAGCGAAAGGAAGUCGAGAAGGAUAUGCGACAAGCAGACGCAGUGGUAUCGCACGAACAAAGAGACAAGAACCAGGCCGAAACAUUAAAGCUUGUAUUCGGACUCUAUUUCCGCAUUCUCAAGCUCCGCAUUCCCGAACUGAUGGGUCCUGUGCUUGAGGGUCUGGCGAAAUAUGCCCAUCUUAUUAACCAGGACUUCUUCGGUGAUUUGCUCGAAGCUCUGAAAGACCUGAUUAAUCACGCAGAGCGCGAGGAAAUGGGCGUAGAAGGCGACCAGGAGGUCGUCAACGAGGAAGACGACGAAGAUGAAGACAAUGUCACAAUUGCCGAAAGCGCAGCCCGGGACGCUCGCCGAAGGACGCUGCUCUGCACCGUGACUGCCUUCGCCCUACUAGAAGGCCAAGAAGCCAGCAAAGCCGCCGCAGGUCUCCACCUCGAUCUGAACUUCUUCAUCAAGCACCUCUACCGAUCCCUCUACUCCCUCUCCAUGAACCCAGACGUCGAGUUCAACCCAGACACAGCCCUCCGCCUCCCCGACCCCAACUCCUCCGCGGAAGGCAAACAGCUCUCUGAGUCCCGCUCCAAAAACAAGGUCAACUUCCAGACCCCGAUGGUCCUCCUCCUCCGCUGCUUGCAGCCAACUCUGUUAUCUCGCGCACACGGCAACCCGCCCCCAAGCCGACUUGCCAGUUUCUCCAAGCGUCUGAUGACGACUUCUCUCCAGUUGCCGGAGAAGUCUGCUCUUGCGACACUUGCGCUUAUGAACCAAGUCUCGAAAUAUCAUGGUCGUCGUAUCUCUUCGCUGUGGCAUACAGAGGAGCGCAAAGGUGAUGGUGUGUUCAAUGCUUUUGCUGCUGAUAUUGAAGCUACCAAUGUCUUUGCUGGUACGGUGUGGGAGGGUGAACUGUUGCGUGUGCAUUACUGUCCACAGGUGAGAGAGGCGGCGGUUGAGAUUGAAAAGAUGAUGAUGUCUUCUAAGUAA